AUGACGGCACAGUCUUCCUUCGAGAUUGGAAGCCCAGUCAACGCCUGCAUGUUGAAGAGCCCAUAAAUAUUGAGUUGGGCCCAAUAAAAGAGUAGAGCAUCGCUGACGCAUUUGUUUCUCUGGCAGCACCCGUCAGAUAAUGAUCGAACGGAUAGGGAUGUCACUUUUUCCCCACGUCAAUCUCUCCGAAUGUGUAGAUUUCAUUGUGGCCCCAUAGACAAUGAAAUCGUAUAUAUACUUGAUUCUGGGGAUAAAUAACAAAUAUGAUAGUUUGGGGCCAAUAAAGUGAAGGAUGAGUUGGGGGUAAUCUCUCUCUCUUUCUCGCUCUCUCUCUCUCUCUCUCUCUCUCUCUGACGCGUUUUCUUCGGGGGUUCUGAAGGAGGGAGGACCCCUGCGCCAUAUUCGGACAGCCGGCGUUCGCACGAUGAGCACUCUCUCUAUCCAAAUCUGUUCGUCUCUAGAGAGUUGAGCAGGAUGGUGUCUCCUCGACUUCUUGGGCCGUACUCCAGGAACCGCCCCUGGUUUGCCUCUACACGGAACCUUUGUUGUGAAGGGUACGGACGCUGUUGGCAUUUCCUUUUCUGGAGUUAAUUCAUGCUUCGUGUCGCUGCAAGAGGUUCCCGUCGUUAAUUUUCCGUGCUGUCUUUUGAGUUCUUGGAGUUCAUAUUUGGAACACGAUGUGGAUCGCUCAGUGGUCGUCCUUUAUUUUUUCGGGAUUUUUUGUUUGUUUUCACGUCCGCGUUUACUUUUACCCUUGAAUCUCUCCAGGAGAGCAGCUCUAUCUACCGUACAGCCAUAUUUUUAGUGUCGUUCCAUGAUUUUGAUCUAAGAUGUCUUAAAUUGACUGCAAUGUUUAAGUGUAUUCAAUCACUUUAGUGGUUGGUACUUUUCAAUUUCGUAGUUACUCUUGAAAUUCGUUAAUGGCAAUGCCGUUGAUCUCUCUCCUUUUCUUUUUUCGUUUUAGAGUCCUAACGCUAUAUUUGAAGGCAUUGAAGCUAUAUUGUAGUUUUCAUUUUACAUGUUCUUCUGGUCUAAUCCUCAGCAACGAGGAAAGUAUCUUCACUCCUUUCUACUGUGAUAAAAUGCCUGUCUCCUUUGGUUCAGCACAUGAAAAGAAAAUCAUAUCUAGUGAUUAUCUGUUCCUUAAAAAAAAACAAUGUGUAGAAAAUCUAGGUUUUCUUUCCCUAAAUUGAAGCAGUUUAUUUUCUGACACUCAGGUUAGGCCACAGGCCUGCGCAAUUCUGCAGCUACUCUGGAUCAAAGUUUCCGAGGGACAGGAAUGAUCUUUCAGAAUUUGAUAAAGCACUUCCUUCUUGGUCAUUGAGAGAUUAUAUUAUUGUAUGUAUCUUUUACUUUAUUAUCUUCUCGUCUUGUUAUUUAUUGAGGAUCCAAUAGUUUUUAUUUUACAAAUUUGGAAUGUAGCCAACUGAUCUUAAUUUUUUUAAUUUCACAUGUUAAUAAAAAAUUUGGUAAAUAUUGGAUAUCUGCAGCCUCCUGCUGUAUUGCUGGUUUUUGGUGCUGGGGUGUGGUUGAUUCACAGCAAUGACGAACGGAGAGCAACUUCAGGUUUCUUUUUUUUAACCUACUAUGAUAUUUACAUGUAUAUAUAGUUUUUCAGAAAAAUGUGUUGGGUUGGGUUUUAAAAACUGUGAGAAAUCCUGUUUUGAAAACUUUCAGAUACCAUCAGACAAACUGUCUUGGGUUUUUUUAAUUAAAAAAUAGACUUGGUCCAACCAGGUUCAUUAUUUUGUUAUCUGGAUGAACGAUCUGUUGCUUGUGCAUUGAAAUGAAUAUUUUCUGAACUUAUGGAUGAUAUUUCUUGAGGUCUCUUUCAGGAGUGAGAGUGGGAAACUAUAGCCUCUCCAUCAUUUUGUCCAUCUUCUACAUUAAUCAUGGUGAACUAAUAGAUUUUACAUGAAAAUGAGUAUUGAUCCAAAUCGGUGGCUGGAAGAGGCAAAUCAAUCCAAUACAUUGGCUGCAUCUAUCUGGAGAUGAUACUAUUUUUUUUUUCUCAUCUAAUCAAGGAAAAUGUGGUCCAUCUUUCCUUCAAUAAAUAUAUACCAGUCUCCUUAUGCACAACGGUUAUUUACUUAAGGGCAUACAAAUUAUGUCUUUAUUUUUCUUUAGUAGGACUAAAAAGUCUCUUUUUCCUGGCAUAUACUUUGAGGCUUAUUUACAAUUAAUUAAAUGCUGUAUUACUUUGUGUGCAAAACUGUGAACGAAACUCUUGGCCUGCAGAUAUAAUUUAUUCACAUGUUUAAGAAUUCCAUGUAUUUAGUUUUCCAAUUAUUCAGGUCUCAUUCCAUCACUUGCCUUCGCCUGUCUUAGACUACUAUCGUGGGUCUAUGGGUAAUUCAGAAAGGAGUUCUGAGAGGAUGGGAAUGAGAAGAGGAAGUGGUAUGAUAGGGGUUGAGUUGGAGGGGAGGUAGAGGUUUGAAGUGGAGGGAUGCGGGUGGGACAGGAUCCUGGAUGGAGGUGAAAGAAAAAGGAGACUAUGAAGGAAGCGGUUGGAGAUUUGGAAGUUGUUGGGUGUUGUGGGGACGGGGGGAGGCAGCAGGAAGAGGACAUGCUGGGGAACGCUGUGCAGAAUUGUGGAUACUCAAUCAGAUUUCCAUUCCCUCAAAGGUUUGAUGAAGGAAGAAUAGGAACCAGAAUGGAAUUCGUGAAUCUCACUUGGAUCAUUGAUUAGACCAGGCCUCUCUUGUAGCUAGGCAAAGGGCAAAAAUAGAAGAAGAGGCCAUAAGUUGCAGCUGGAAGAAGAAGGAUGAGGGAGUAUAAAAAAAAAAAGGAAAUCCCUACCUCCCGCCGCUAUCUCUCAGCUAAUUCUGUAUUCUGCAUCCUUUUAUUGAAAUAUAUUUAUAUAAUCACCAAUAAGAUUUCCUCAGGGGCCUAGAAUAAUGUCUUGGAGCUGCAGGAGGUGUGCCUUGUCAGGCAUGGGGUUUGGAAGGAUUAGGAUCAGUAGAAGAACCUGUUUCUCUUUGACUGACAUAUGCCCAUCUUUCCUCUUUUGAUGUAGGAUCAAGCCAAACCAAACGCUUUGAAAGGAAUCCCCAAGGUGUAUGGCCGUACGGUGGCCCAUUCAGACUGAUUAACACAGAGAAUAAGACAGUGACCGAGGCUGACCUUCAAGGCUCUUGGAUUCUCAUGUACUUUGGUUACACUUCUUCCCCUGAUGUUGGACCUGAGGAAGUUCAGAAGAUGGCAGAGGCCAUUGACAUAUUAGGUGCCUUUUCUACAAUGACACUAUCGAUAAUUACCUGAUUUCCUGUGGAUGAUUUUAAUGAGUGACCGUUGAGUUACAUUAUCAUUAAGGAUUUUUUUUUAAAUACCAACUGGUAUUUGGAUCGAUCAGAUGUAUGCUUCAAAUUUCUUUAAACACUUAUCCAAAAAUUUUACGAUAGAGAAUGAAUGAAAUGUCCUGCCGAUACCAUUGAUUAGACCUCGAAUAGCACAACAACAUCUGUGCAAGAUCAUGACUGUUGUGGUUAUAGAAUAGAUGGAUGAUAGAUUCUUCAUAUUUAUUGUUAUUAUUUGUGUUUCCUUAAUUUUAUCUGUACUUUUUAGAAAUAAAUCUAUGAACACUGAUUAUGAUGUCUUUACCUCAAAGAGGAUCAGCACCAUCUAAAGAUAACCCCGGUCUAUAUAAGCAUUGAUCCCCAACGGGAUUCCCCUGCACAACUUCGAGCUUACCUUCAAGGCCAGUGCCCUCUGCUCAAGUUUUUUUCUUUUCAAAUCAUAUCUAUUUAUCUUUAAUAACUGAAGAAAUCAAUUUUGUUUUUUCAUUUACUUGCAGAAUUUCAUCCUAAAAUUAUUGGAUUAACUGGACCCGCUGCUGCUAUAAAGCAGAUCGCACAGGAAUUCCGCAUCUUUUUCAAAAAAUCGGAGGAAGAAGGCCAAGAUUACCUCAUCGAAUCAACAAACGACAUGUAAAUUAGGAUUAUUAUCAUCUGAUGAACUGCUUAAUCUUUAUUUGUAUACAAAUUCAGAAGAGCGCCACCAUCAUUUCUAUUAUCUUGCCAGAUGAACUGCUUAAACUUUAUUUUUUAUACAAAUUCUGAUGAAUUCAACCACCGCUUGUAUAAAAUUUUGUCAGGAUCCUUCUGAACCCGAAAACAGAGAUUGUGGGUCGCUUCGGAGUGCGGUAUGAUGCAGUUCAGUUGUCAGAUGCUGUCGCAAAGGAGGUAAAGAAAGCAGCCGGAUGA